AUGUUGCACAUUAAGAGACCAGUUCGGCUUCUUCCGUCGUACUUGGAGAGACCACCUCGCCUCUGGGUUAAUAGCGGCAACGUUCAACUUUCUGAUGUAACUCGACUUCGAAAGACGCUGUGGGCGGCUAGUCAGGGCCAGCUCACAGUGAAUUCUCCUCAGCAAAAAUCUGCCUAUCUUCCUGUUGAAACUCGAGGUAGAUCGGAUAUAGCCCCGAUACAUCUAGAUCUCGAUUUCGAUCUAGAGGGUGUUGAGGUAUCAAACGAGCUACCACAACAGUGUCAACUUCGCACAGUUCUUGAGGCUGUGACAUACUUAACUACAACCCCAAUGAGUGGCCUGCCUGACGAAGUACGCUUUCGCGAUGAUCCCAAUGCACAAGUCUUUCGAAGAAGUUUAUGUUUGUGGAAGAACAAAGGGGUUGCUCUGAACUGGGUCGAAAGGAAUGGGAAAACCAGUGGUUCACGUCAAGCAGCCAUCCUUGUCCCAGUAGCAGUACCUGAGGAGGCUAGCAUUUCUCCAACAUUCUAUCACUGUCAUAUUUCUAGAGAGUAUUUUAUGCGGGUUGAGCUGGUUGUUGGGAGAUCCCAGCCCCUACAUCUCAAGCUGCCCCUUCAAGUUUACAAUUCCCUUGGAUGUUAA